GAAUGGCGGGAGCUCCGCCAUCAUCGUCCUCCUCCUCCUCCUCUUCCUCGUCGGCGAACCCAUCGUCAUCUUCAGGUCUUCCCCCGCCUCCACCGCCUCCGAAGAUCCUCCUUGCAAAACCCUCGCCGGGCCCCGCGGCCGCCCAGGACUCUUCCUCCGCCGGAGCUCCUCCGCCCUCCUCCGUCCCCGGCGGCGUCUUACUUCGGCCCUCUCGCAACGCUCCUCAACCAGGAUCCCUCAAUCUCUUCUCGGAUACUUGGGAGUUCCACACUGAGAGAAUCCUACCGUUUUUGACAGACAACACUGACUUCAAUGUUGUUGGGAUUAUUGGGCCAACUGGAGUGGGCAAGUCGACUAUUUUGAAUGAGCUUUAUGGAUUUGAUGGAAGCUCUCCUGGAAUGCUUCCGCCUUUUGCAACACAGUCUGAAGAAACCAUAGCCAUGGCAAAACAUUGUACUGCUGGGGUUGAGCUGAGGGUUUCUUCUGAAAGGCUAAUCCUCCUUGAUGCUCAGCCUAUGUUCAGCCCUUCUGUUUUAGUUGAUAUGAUGAGACCUGAUGGUUUAUCUACAAUUUCUGUACUAAAUGGAGAGUCCCUAUCAGCAGAUCUCGCUCAUGAAUUGUUGGGAAUUCAGAUUGGUGUUUUCCUACUAUCUGUCUGCAACGUGCUGCUGGUUGCAUCAGAGGGAAUUUAUGAUUUUAGCAUGUGGAAGUUGAUGCUGACAGUGGACUUGUUGAAGCAUGACAUACCAGAUCCAUCAAUGUUGACCUCUGCGCAAUCCCAGGCUUCUACUACUGGUGCGGAGAAGGAUAACAAAGUCAAUCAGCAACUUACGAAUGAAGAGCAUCUGGCUGCUCCUGUUUUCAUUCAUACCAAGGUUCCUUUUUCUCCCAGGUUGCAGGACCGAGACUUGUCUCCUUCUAACACUGUCUGUUUGAAGAGUGCACUAUCAAAGUACUUGAAAUCCUCCUCCUUUGCUGACGAUAAUUUUAGAGAUAUGGCCGAAGAGCAAGUUGAAUCUAAGUCUUCUGAUACUAUGAAUAACGAGUCAAAAUCAACAGGACCAAGCUUGUUUCUACUCCCUCUUAGAACACAAGAUGGCUGUCAUAAACCUCUAUUUGGAAGUUAUGAUUCCAUGCUAGCACAGCUCCGUGAUCAGAUACUGUCAAUGAAUGGCUGUUCAUUUGUGAAACCUGUGUCUGAGCGAGAUUGGCUGCGUAACUUAGCUAAGAUCUGGGAGCUAGUGAAGAAGUCCCCCGUAAUUUCUGAAUAUUGCAAAACCCUUCAGAGAUCAGGGUUAUUCAGACGAUAAAUUGGUAGACUGUGAAUAGUGAAAAGAACUUCAUCACCGCGGGUAAUGCCAUGACAAUUGGGGCAACAAUGUCUUUAACAUCGAUAUAUACUUAAGUUUACCCGGAAACUUUUUAUUAUUAUUAUCAGGAAUGUGAUCAGAUAUAUCAGAACAUUGCAAAAGCCCUUUAAAAAUCAGGAUUAUUGCGGUCACAAACCCAUUAGCCUCUGUAUUGUACUAAUUACUAAAAGAACUGCAUCACCUCUUGGAAUGUCACAGGACAAUAGGGACAAGAUUGUCUUUAAUAUCAAUAUGCUUCAGUGUACCCGGGGAACUUUGUAUGAGAUAUGUGAUCGGUUCUAUUUUGUUC